AUGAGCCUCAUGCGCGCUAGAGGCGACCGCCAGCUGUAUACGCGGACGGGCCGGCAGAUUUUCUGGCUCAUGCACAACAUGCUUCAAAUCCAACAUACCAUCACAAACACACCGUGCCCGCCAGAAUUCGACCGCUGGUUCAACAUCAUUGAGCAGACUCUGCAACCCGUCGAGGUUUUGUUUCUGCAGGUUGGACGGUACAUCUCCGCGGGCUGUUCUCUGCUGUCCAGAGUGAUGCCCAUCACGCGAAGCGGCGACGCGGAGCGGGCGUGCGCCGAGUACGAGCAGCUCCUGGCUGAAUGCGACCAAGUAGAGCUCGUCAUGGCGGAAUGGAUGCAAGCAGCCCCCGAAUACCGGAUCGACCCCGCGCCUGUCUACGACCACUUCUGGAACUCGUGGCGCGGCGCCCGGAUCAAGAUCCACCACAUGAUGAUCCUCCUCACCAAAGUCGUCGAGCACGCACCGGACUGCCCUUUCGACCCCGAGGCGUUGCAGUCGCGCAGGGACCUCUGCCUGCAGAUCAUCGCGGCGACCAGCCGGGACGUCGUCGACAGCAUACCCAAAUCACUCGGCGGCAAGGCGCCCGACACGGACCCGCAGUCGCCGACUGCCUACUUCGACGCCGUCCGGCUGAUAUGGCCGCUGAGCCACGUGUACAUCAUGCCGACGGCGCCCAGCCACUUGCGGGCUGCGGCGAGAGAGGCGCUGCUGCGGAUAGGGAGGGAGAAGGGCAUCUUGACGGCCUUGACGCCGCGGGCGGGCGGUUACCACUUUCCCCCGGAGACGCUGAAGGGCAUUCCUAUCGAUGAAUUGGAUGAAAGCGAUGGAUAUUUGCCACGUAUCUUGCCCAAAGCUGAGGCAAAACGUUCCGUAGUAUAA